AAGAAGAAGAAGAGGAACAAGAAGUCGGUGGAGACUUACAAGAUCUACAUCUUCAAGGUUUUGAAGCAGGUUCAUCCUGACAUUGGAAUCUCAAGCAAAGCUAUGGGGAUUAUGAACUCGUUUAUCAACGAUAUCUUCGAGAAGUUGGCUCAGGAGUCUUCGAGGCUUGCUCGGUACAACAAGAAGCCGACGAUUACUUCCAGGGAGAUUCAGACCGCCGUGAGACUUGUACUUCCCGGUGAAUUGGCGAAACACGCUGUAUCUGAAGGUACAAAGGCUGUAACCAAGUUUACAAGCUCUUAGAGAUUUGCGUAGAUGAUCUCCUGCGUUUUGUUGUAAAAAUUCGAAGUGGAUCUUGAGUUGAAACUUAUGUAAUCAUUCGGUGAUAAAAUGAUAUGAUAUGGAAUUUAGGUUUUCGUGAAUUUGUUCAAUUUUAUUCAGUUCGAUUGAUCUACGAAUUUGGGGAUUUUAACCCUAAAUUUGAAUCAAGCAAAGGUUAAUCACUUCUGUUUCAGCUUCU